UGCAUAAAAGAAAGAUCGAAGAAAGGACUCGCAAGACUUCAUUGACCUGAUCAUCUCGGAAUUGGUCAUAUGAUGAGUGUUUUCUGUCAGACUCUCUUAGCUAUAUAUUGUCUACCAGGAAAUGAAGUUGCACAACUAAAAAUUAGCGGGGGCGAGUUGGUUUGGAGCUUCUUUGUAUACAUAUAUUAAGUUGGGUGGUGUACAGGAAAUGAGACUUCAGAGGUGGGUGUUUUUGCUGAUGAUGUUGCUACUGGUGGCGGCAAUAACAGGAGCAACAGCAAAUCCAGAUGUGAAAGAUGGCUGCCAAGAAAGGUGUGGUGAUGUUAUUGUUCCUUACCCGUUUGGGAUUGGGGAACAAAGAUGUGCCAUGAAUGAAAACUUCUUUCUACAUUGCAAUUCCACUGAUGAUGGUCAUCAUGAACUGUGGUUUGGAGAGAACAUACCUGCUCGCAAUAUAUCAUUGCUGAAUGGCACAGUCACUGUAGGCAUUGAUCCAUCGCUCUAUUGCUAUAACAAGUCAGGGAGGCAAUCGCAGCUUUUCAAUCAGUCCAUCUCACUUGGAUCAGGCCCCUUCACAUUUUCAGACUCUCGAAAUAUGUUCACAGCAGUUGGUUGUGAUACCAUUGCCAUGGUGACCAACAUGGACGCAACAUUCGGGGCUGCUUGUCUCUCUUUAUGCACUAGAAAUGUUACCAUGUCAAAGAAUAAUUCCUGCUCAGGUUCUGGAUGCUGCCAGACCUCGAUUCCAAAGGGUCUCAAGUCUCUGGAUAUUACCAUUCAGAGCUUUAACAACCACACGGAUGUUUUCGAAUUUAACCCCUGUGGCUUUGCAUUCCUUGAGGACAAAGACUCCCUUGACCUGUCGGAUUGGCCACUCUCUCGAACCCCAAAACCUAAUGAUACAUCAAAUGUUGUGAUCGAAUGGGUAGCUCAAACCGAGACAUGCGAAAAGGCUCAGGCCAAUAAGAGUUCAUAUGCUUGUGGCAUCAAUACAAAUUGCAAUUACUCUGAUAAUGGUCAAGGAUAUCGUUGCGCAUGCAAUGAAGGGUUCGAAGGAAACCCAUAUCUUGAAAAAGGAUGCCAAGAUAUCGAUGAGUGCAGGGAUGGCAAGAGAUACCCAUGUCAUGGUAAAUGCCAUAACACCAUUGGGAAUUACGAAUGUAAAUGUCCACUUGGCAUGCAUGGUGAUGGCAAGAGAGGUUGCCUUGGGUUUCGCAUCAUCACAAUUAUUAUUGCAGCUGUUGUUGGAGUUGUUGGAGUGUUGUUACUGGUUAGUGGUAGCUGGUGGCUAUACAAAACCAUGGAGAAAAGGAAGAGCAUCAAACUGAAACAGAAGUUUUUCAGACAGAAUGGUGGUCUACUGUUACAGCAACAUUUAUCCUCAAGUGAUCAAGGUGGUAUUUCCAAAACCAAAGUAUUUAGCUCAGAGGAGUUGGAAACUGCCACAGAUGGUUUCAAUGUGAAUAGGAUACUUGGUCAAGGUGGCCAAGGUACCGUGUACAAAGGGAUGCUAGCAGAUGGAGUAAUUGUUGCGGUCAAAAGGUCCACAAUGGUGGGUGAAGAAAACCUUGAAGGAUUCAUCAACGAGGUCUGUAUUCUUUCACAAAUCAACCAAAGAAAUAUAGUCAGGCUACUUGGUUGCUGUUUGGAGGCAGAAGUUCCUCUUUUAGUUUAUGAAUUUAUUCCUAAUGGAACUCUUUCCGAGUAUCUCCUUCGCCAAAACGAGGAGUUCCCUUUAUCAUGGGAAAUGAGAUUACAGAUUGCUGCUGAAACUGCCGGAGCACUUUGCUAUCUUCACUCAGCAGCUUCCAUUCCAAUUUAUCAUCGAGAUAUAAAGUCCACCAACAUACUCUUAGAUCACAAGUAUCGAGCAAAGAUUGCUGAUUUCGGGACUUCAAGAUCACUCUCCGUUUAUCAAACUCAUUUGACGACUAGUGUGCAAGGCACCUAUGGUUACUUGGACCCAGAAUACUUUUGGUCCAGUCAGUAUACAGAUAAGAGUGAUGUUUAUAGUUUUGGAGUAGUUCUUGCUGAGCUCUUAACUGGACAAAAAGCAAUUCUUACAAACGAGUCACAAGAACGCAAAAACUUGGCUGCACAUUUUGUUCUUUUGAUGGAAGAGAACAGAAUUUUAGAUAUUGUUGAUGCUCAAAUUAAGGAGCACUGCCCCAAGGAGGAUGUCAUCUGUGUAGCUAAUAUUGCAAUGAGAUGCUUGAAUUUGAAUGGAAAAAAGCGACCGACAAUGAAACAAGUCACAUCAGAGUUGGAGAGGAUCAUUCAAUUGUCACAAAAGAAGAACGUUCAACAAAAUAACGAAGAAGCUGAGAGCAUCACGGCUGAAGUAGUCAGUGCGUGGGAUGAUGCUUCUACAUCAAUUACUUGCAGCAGUUUUCAAGUUGAUCAGGCUCUAUCAUCAUCUGACGUCGAACCUUUGGUCCCUUUCAAGACUUGGUGAUCCAUUAAUAAGAAACGUGUCUCGACUCUCAAAUCACAAGAAGAAAUGGAGUGAUCUUGGUGUGCCUAGAAGGGACAUCUUUGAAUGCUUGAGUUUCUGGGUCAUCCACUGAAGGAGAACGGAAACUGGUUUGUUACAGUCCCUCCUCAGAUUGUUGCUAAUGGAAUCAAAGGCUGGGAUUAUUGUCUUGUAGGCUAAUUUAUGGGUAAAAGUCCCAAGCUCUCCUCUGUUUCUGUUAUGGCAAAUACCCUAUGGUGGCCGGAUGGUCCUGUUGAAGUUAAAGUUAUGUUCAUUCUUUUAA